CUGCGAGAUUUUCAGGUGGGAAUGUGAAGAGUGGAAAAUGGCAACCUUGGCGCUCCUGUGCCUAACAUCUCCUUCACUCUCUUCUCCCCACAGAUCUCUCCCUCCUUCAUAUCCCGCCAGAUUCGGAAUACUUACUACACCUCCGCCUCGGGCUCCGAGAACUGUGCACCUUCCCGCCAUAUUCUCAGCUCCGGAGCCCAAUCAGAACGCCGAAUCCGAACCCGAAACGACGCCGUCUCCGCCGUCGUCCUCCAGUGACUUGACCUACAAGCUAUGCGCCGGCCUCGGAGGUAUUGGGUUCCUCGAAACUACCUACUUGACGAUCCUCAAGCUCACGAAUUCCGACGCCUUCUGCCCCACCGGCGCCGGCGGCAGUUGCGGCGACAUCCUCAACAGUGAAUACGCUGUCGUUUUUGGGGUUCCUCUUCCUUUGUUUGGAAUGCUUGCGUAUGGAUCAGUUGCUGCACUUGGUUUGGAUCUAUUGACUGCAAAGAGUUUACCUUUUGGAAUUAGGAAAUCUGAUGCUAGCUUGGUUUUACUUGGGACUACGACUUCCAUGGCAGCUGCCAGUGCUUGUUUCCUGUACAUUCUUAGCACACAGUUUUCAGGAACUUCGUGCUUGUAUUGUUUGUUAUCGGCGUUUCUCUCUUUCAGCUUGUUUUUCAUCACUUUGAAGGAUUUUGGAUUUGAGAAAGUACAGAAAGAGGCGGGUUUAUUGGUGUGUGUAGCUGUCUUGGUGGCUGUGACUCUUAACAGGUCAUAUAGUGCACCUGUCUCCUCAAGCCCGGAUGAUGUUGAUCUUCCAUACUUUACAACUGAAAUAACAACACCAUCAAGUCCAUUUGCUAUAUCACUUGCAAAGCAUCUAAAUGCUAUAGGUGCUAAAAUGUAUGGCGCUUUCUGGUGUUCACAUUGUGUAGAACAAAAGCAGAUGUUUGGACGUGAAGCAGCCAAGGAAUUGAACUAUGUUGAGUGCUUCCCUAGUGGAUUUAGGAAGGGAACUAUAAUGGCAAAGGCAUGUAUUGAUGCCAAACUCGAAGGUUUUCCUACUUGGGUGAUCAAUGGAGAGGUUUUGAGUGGAGAGAAAGAUUUGUUAGAGCUCGCAGAGGCAUCUGGGUUUGAGUUGAAAGAAUUUGAUCAGACCCCCUCAUAGAGUAAGCAACCAUGUUCAUCACAGUGCAGGUAACGAUCGUAGAAAGUUACCUCAUAUAGCAUACCUGAUGAUUAUACUUCAACUAGGCACUUUGGGUGGCAUAUCGUUACCAGUAGUUUCCUGUAUUUGUUACAAUUUUUUGAUUAGCAAAAUGUGUACAAUUGAAACCCCUUGAUAUAGAACCUGACUCAUACGUAAUGUCACACCUUACCAUUCAAAUUAUCCAAUUUUGACA